UGUAUAUCGAAAAGAUUUUCCCUCUCUCACACAUAUAUUCUUGUGCAGAGAGCCCCUCCCACCAAAUCACUUUCUCUAUCGUUAUAAAUACCUCUCUAUCUGUCUCUUUCGUUUAUUACUUCGUCUCUGCUGGAAGUGCUUUUAGCUUCUCAGCUGUUUCGACUGUGAGGAAGACAAAGAAAGGAAAAAGAAGAGAGAGAGACAGAGAGACAGAGAGAGGUUUUUCUAAGUGUUACUUGUGAGCUUUGUGUCUGUGACUUAGAUACGAUAAUGUCGGCUUACAGAGACGAAGAUCCUCGUAUCCAAGGCAUCAAAACUAAGAUUCGGGUCGUCCCCAAUUUUCCAAAACCAGGUAUCAUGUUCCAAGACAUCACUACUCUAUUACUGGAUCCCAAAGCCUUCAAGGACACAAUUGAUUUGUUCGUUGAGAGAUACAAAGGCAAAAACAUUUCAGUUGUUGCAGGAAUAGAGGCCAGGGGUUUUAUAUUUGGUCCUCCUAUUGCUUUGGCCAUAGGCGCAAAGUUUGUUCCCUUGAGAAAACCAAGGAAGCUGCCUGGAGAAGUUAUUUCAGAAGAGUACAUUUUAGAAUACGGAAGAGAUUGUCUUGAGAUGCAUGUUGGGGCAGUCGAACCUGGUGAACGUGCUUUGGUAGUUGAUGAUCUAAUUGCCACAGGUGGCACACUCUGUGCGGCAAUGAACUUACUAGAACGUGUUGGGGCAGAAGUCGUAGAAUGUGCGUGCCUCAUUGAGUUACCAGGGUUACAGGGUCGUGGACGUUUAAAUGGCAAGCCAUUGUAUGUACUUGUCGAGUACCAAUAAUUGUGGCAGAUCUGCAGAUGAUACAAUUGGCCUGCAAUGGUUGAACCACGACAGAAUUUACAAUAGAGGGAUAUUAUUGGGUACUUAUCAUAUGGAGUCUGAUUCUAAAUCAACAACCACACCCCCCCCCACCCCCCCCCUUCCCUGCUUUUUUUUCCCCCGCUCAAGUAUCAAUGAAUUUUGAUGAACCUUGGUUAUUGCAACCCUUCACUUUACUUAGUAGCAUAGAACAUUUAAUUAUGGAAAAGGGCUUUAUUUGAGAAUGCUUGUGGUAGAGCAUAUUUUCUUUUUUAUAAUCCAUCGUGGGUUUCUUUUGGGUUGGGGCCGUUCAAUAGCUGUCUUCCAAAUGAUUGUAGUUUCACAUUGUGACAAUUUGACAUCGAUCGGGAGCAGAGUUUAAGCAGUAGUCACCAUUCCUUGGUCAA